AUCGCAUUCAUCGGCCAUUGAUGACCUCCUAAACCACUUGCAAUGCUCGUGGAAAUGGGGAAUCGGCUUCCCAGGUCAAAAUGAAGGUGGAAGAAGUCUCCUCCUCUGAUUACUUGAUCAAUUAUUAGGCGCUCAUCAUCAACGCUCGAGGCACGCGCCAGGGAGAGCCUCUAUUCGACCUAGCGUCUCCGAUUCCUUCCAGUUUAUCGGGUUUAGGGUUUAGGGAUGGAGGAGGGCGCAAAGAUGGAGAAGGACUUGUCGUCAGCUGCGGCUUUUGUGGAAGGGGGCAUCCAAGACGCCUGCGACGAUGCCUGCAGCAUAUGUCUUGAAGAAUUCUGCCAAAGUGAUCCUUCGACAGUUACUGGUUGCAAGCAUGAGUUCCAUCUCCAGUGCAUUCUUGAGUGGUGCCAGAGGAGUUCCCAAUGCCCCAUGUGUUGGCAGUCCAUCUCUUUGAAGGAUCCUACCAGCCAGGAACUGCUUGAUGCUGUAAUAAGGGAGAGGAACAUUAGACUAAACAAAACACAAACAACUACUAUCUUUCAUCAUCCAGCUCUUGGAGAUUUUGAAUUGCAGCAUUUACCAGGAGGUGGAAGUGAAGCUGAAUUUGAAGAGCGCUUAAUGCAGCACUUAGCUGCUGCAGCAGCAAUGGGAAGGGUGCACCAUAUUUCCAGGAGAGAUGGGCAUCGUGGUCGGUCAGGAUCUCAUCCCCAUCCACAGUUUUUGAUCUUCUCUCCACAUCCAAAUGCACCCUAUGUUGGUUAUCGAUCUUCCUCUUCUGCACAAGAAGAAAACGAACCAACUGCCUCAACAGAAGAAACACACCCGAUCUCAAUUCAAGCCGAACAGAAUGAUGCAAUAGCAUCAGAAACCAGCACCAACCAUAGCAGACCCAGUACCACCAACAGCCAAUCAGUUCCAGUCCUUCAAGACAGGCCAGGACCAUCAGAUUUUCAAUCUCUCUCAGAAUCUGUGCGAUCUCGUUUAAAUGCUGUCUCAAUGAGGUACAAAGAGUCUAUCAGCAAAAGUACUCGGGGAUGGAGAGAGAGGCUUUUCUCUCGUAAUAGUGCUGUGCCUAAUCUUACUUCUGAACUUAGAAGGCAACCAAAUACACAAAUUGACACAGGCUCAGGCAUGGUAAAUCACCUAGCAACAAGGGAUAACAGUGCUAGUGCUUUUGCUUCACCUGUUGCGGUCAACUCAGCUGCAAUAUCAAACGAUGAAGGGGUCACUGGGAAUCAUGUGGUCAGUCUCCCAACUGAUACCUCAGCUCCUUGUCUUCCAGCCUCCAGUGCAAACUGAGUUUUAUCAAUCAGAUAUCCUGUCCAAUACAGUGCUUAUGGAUGGAAUUCAAAGUGACCAAAGAAAUGUCAUGAAAUGGGUAUUCUGUUUCGAUGUUGUAAGUUUGCCUACUGUCUGUUAUUAGGUCAAAUAUGUCAUCUAUUGUUGAGGAAUCUGUCUCCAUGAAUAAACAGCUACAUUGCUUUGUCUAUACACACUUAUGAUUAAUGUAUGUUACUGAAUUGUAAGCAUAGUUGUGUUUAUGUAUCUGUCCUUUUCGAGGUUACUGAAAGUAUAUGCCACAAAAAGAUUUGUAUU